AGUCUGUGGCAUGUCUGCCGUGGUGUCAGUGUCUAGGCUGACAAGGCAACGUGCAACAAAUUAAAGCAGGUCAGCAAGUUCACUUCGCGAUGUAAAGGAAUUUCAUUUCGAAUUCAACAACAGCUGCGAAAUGAGUGCGAAUAAAAUUUUUCUGCGCUAUUAUCCGCCAGGUCUGGCAUUAAAUUAUCGUUCAGCGGAUGGCACCGAGCGACUGCGACACUUUGAUUUGCUCGAUCUAAAUACCAAAACAAAUGUGGAGGCAUUGGCUGACAGCAUUCUGCUGCAGGAAUUACAGGCUGCGGAAUCAGAACACAAUCCGAAUGAUUCUGCAGAUGACAAGACCGCUCCCUGCGUGCCGAGCAACUCAAAGACGUCUAGUUCUCAAAACACAUUCAGUGCACUGAAGCAGGCAAUAAACAAGCUGCAGAAUAAACUGCGCGAACCGGUCAAGAAAAAAUUUUAUCUUCACAAAUGCUACAACUCGCACAUCCUGCCGCUGACCAAUGUUUGCUUCGAUCGCAGUGGCGAACACUGCUUGACAGGCAGCUAUGAUCGGACCUGUCACGUAAUUAACACCAGCGACGCGGAAGUGCAACACAUGCUCACGGGCCAUGACAAUGUGGUCUUCUCUGUGGCCUACAAUACGCCACGCUGCGACAAGAUUGUGACGGGCUCUUUUGAUGGCACUGCUAAGAUCUGGUCAGCGAGCAGUGGUCAAUGCUUGAGUACUAUGUACGGACAUGCAGCUGAAGUUGUGGCAGCCGAGUUUCAUCCGCUGCACGACCAGACGGUGGCAACGGCCUCCAUCGAUGGCAAGGCACGCAUCUUUGAUGCAGAAACUGCACAGGAAUUGCAGCUACUUGCCCAUCAUGGAGCCGAGGUGAUUGUAGCGCGUUAUUCCCGCGAUGGACAACUAUUGCUGACGGGCUCGUUUGAUCACACAGCCGGCAUUUGGGAUGUGCGAACGAAGAGUUGCUGUCAUCAGUUGCGAGGACACUCUGCUGAGCUGUCGAAUUGUGUGUGGAGUUUCGGCGGCUCGUUGAUUGCCACCGGCAGCCUGGACCGCACAGCGCGCAUCUGGGAUAUGCGUCGCUUGGACCAGGAGCUGCACUUGGUAUCCAACCACAGCGAUGAGGUGCUCGAUGUGAGCUUCGAUGCAGCGGGCAAGUUGCUGGCCACCUGCAGCAGCGAUUGCACUGCGCGCGUCUGGAGUCUCGAGCCUUUCGAGAUGCUCUCGUUGAUGGCCGGCCACAGUGAUGAGGUGAACAAGGUGUGCUUCAGUCCCAGCGGUUGCAUGCUGCUCACAGCCUCCGCUGACAACACAGCACGCCUCUGGCUCACCGAGACCGGACAAUGCUCUCAGGUGCUGUCGGGUCACGAGUCCGAGGUCUUUAGUUGUGCCUACAGCUACGCGGGCGAUGCAAUUUUGACAGCCUCAAAGGACAACACUUGUCGCGUCUGGAGGUGAUACGAUUGGUAUACGGUGCAGCUAAAUGAUUGAACGCCAAAAUGGAA